AUGGACACCUCUGGCUCCCAGCGCAACAAACUCCACAAGCCCAACGACCCCAGAGGAUGGGAUACAGACAACACCCCUCAUAGUCACCAAAUUUCUGAUUCCGGGGCUGAAUCGAACAUCGGCUCUGGUGCCCGCGAUAGCACAUAUCAAGCUUCACAGCUUGGUCGUGACGCCCCUGCAAGCUCCAAUGACCGUUAUGACGGUCUGGCAGGAGCUCCCACAUCGGGCGUCGGUGAAUCCGAUAGGUUUCAGCGCCAGCAGGCCCAGCCUACCGGUGUCACUGAUCGUGACUCGCCUGUAGGGGAGGGACGUGAUAGUGCCUACACCACGACGAAGACCGGAGCAAUUGUUGGGCCUGGCUCCACCUUGCCCAAAUCUGGCGACGAGGAGAACAAGACCACCUCCGAAGACCCGUAUUGGGGAGAUCUUCCCCGUGGUGGUGGUGUUUACAACACAGUCAUCGGCCACGGCAGUAACGAGGACGAUCAGGCCCGCCACGACCCCCACAGACAGUCCGAGAACUUGGGAGCAACGUCUACGCGUGGAGCGGACAACUCUUAUGAUUCCAACCGGCAACGAGAAUUCCCCUUGACAGGACAGAGCCAAACUGGCUAUGGUCAAGGAAUUGACGACAACAACCGACAGCAAACCCGCAACGUUGAUGACCAAAAGGAUGACAAUCGCCGAAAGGGGUUGUACGAGGCAGCUGGUACCGCAACGGUCGCGUCUGCAGCUUACCCCAUAGCUCGCGAUCGCGAACAAGAGAAGAGCGACAAACACGCUGAAAAGUCCCGUGAGAAGGAGCAGCCCAAGGAGCAAAAGGAGAGUAAGCUGCAUGCACUUUUCCAUCGCGAUAGCAGUGGAAAAGAUGAGAAGCCUGCAAAGGCCGAGAAGCCCAAGGAGAAGAAGGAGCAUGUCCGCCACGAGAAGCAAACAGAAACAGUUGCGCCAGUGGCCGCGAGGUACACUCGCGAGGAGCAACCUAAAUCUCAGGACUACUCUCGAAACACAGAACCAUCGCAGUUCCGUGACAAUCGUCAGAGUAACGUCGACUCGCGGGAUUCAAAGGCCAAGGAGGCAUUAGGACUAGGCGCUGCCGGUGCUGCCGCCUACGGCGCUACGAGAUAUGCUGAGAAGGAGCAUAAUAAGCCCGAAAGCGGGUCUGCUCCUAUCACCAAUAAGCCCACAGACUAUAGUCAAACUGGAAACCUUUCUGCACAGAGCCAUGGUAUGACCAACGAUUACGGUAACAGAUCUGCCGGGGAUGAUAAGUACAACACCUUGCCAUCUGGUACCCCAUCUGGUGUCAAGCAGGAGAAUAUCGGUGAUAAUGACACGACAAGAAAUUCUUCUUCUCGAGCAGAACCGUCUUCGAACACCAAGGCUCGUGAUGGACUCGCGGCGACGGCAGCAUCGGCAGCCAUUGUCGGCUCUCAAUAUGACAAGUCUUCCUACUCUUCCUCGCCUGCUGCCCAGACGAGAGAGAACGAACCUGUAGGGAGGUCCGACCAGCAAUACACAUCUCGAUCUAUAAUUGAUACGCGAGAGGCGAAACCUGUCGACAGGGCUCAGCAGGAAUAUAAGUCCAUGCCUACUGACAGGUACGAGCAACAACAAUAUCAAAACAAGCCUCAGCAGGAAUACAAGUCUACGCCUGCGGGAUAUGAGCAACAACAAUAUCAGAGCAAGCCUGUUGAGAGAGCUGAGCCGCAAUACGAAUCUUCCAAGUUUGGCGAGGCACCCAAGGAGUCUAGGAACACAGAGGCGGCUGCUGUCGGCGCAGGUGCUGCAACUGGUGCUGCUGCGCUGGCAUACAAGUCGCAUGCGUCCCCAUCGGAGCGCGCUCAGACGACGCAACACUCCACGACAACUCCCACCCAUAAGAAGCCUGGUUUGUCUUCAGAGGAUGAUCAGUAUAAUCAUCUCGCAUCCGGUACGCCAUCCGGCAUCAACGUCCACCAUGAGUAA